UGUCUGCCAUCAUGGCUGGGUAUCACUCUGAAGCCGACAAUACCCUCUUGAUCUACAUGGGUGCAACGGUGCUCUGCGGAGGGACUAUUCUUUACCGAGCCAAAAGGAACCAUGUGGAGAAAGCGAUCCCCUUCUGCCUGGGCCUCCUCCUGCUUUUUGCUUUGGAGAUCUUGUGCUUCGCCACCUUGAGAAGUUACCUGGGUUUGAGCUUAUUCUCUCUGGCAUGCCUCGUCUUUUGCAUUUACAUCCCAACGCAAGCCAUGCUGCCCGUGGACCGCAAAGCUGUCCUCAUCACAGGAAGCGACAGUGGUCUCGGACACGAGCUGGCCAAGUACCUUGACCGCUUAGGACUCAUCGUGUUUGCUGGUGUUUUGAAUGAGAAAGGACCUGGUGCGGAAACACUGAAGAAGAACGGCUCUGACAGGCUUUCUGUCCUGCAGUUGGAUGUCACGAAUUCUGCGCAAAUCAAAGAAGCCUAUCUGGAAGUAAAAAAGAAGUUGCACAAUCGAGAUCUCUGGGGUGUCAUCAAUAAUGCAGGGAUCAUGGGAUACACGGCAGAUGGAGAACUGCUCCCUAUGCAUUCUUACAAGCAGUGCAUGGAGGUCAAUUUCUUUGGUCCCGUCGAGCUCUCGAAAACAUUCCUGCCAUUACUCCGUAAAUCUAAGGGACGGCUUAUUAACAUCUCAAGUAUGGCAGGGGGUAUCCCUAUGCCACGGUUUGCCGCCUACGGAGCAUCCAAAGCUGCGCUGACCAUGUUCUCCGGAGUCAUGAGACAGGAGCUUUCAAAAUGGGGCAUUAAAGUAGCUACAGUUCAUCCAUCAGCCUUCAGAACAGGUAUUUACGGAACACCUGAGCUGUGGAAUAAGGAAGAACAGAAGCUUCUUGACGGCCUCUCCCCUGAAGUGAUGAAAGAUUAUGGCGAAGAUUACAUCCACAGUCUGAAGAUGUUCCUCACUCACAUUCCUUCUAUCUCCUCCUCUGAUUUUUCCCCUGUGCUCUGUGAUGUUUUACACGCUUUACUGGCCGAGCGUCCACAUGGCUUAUACACUCCCGGCAAGAACGCUUAUAAGUAUCUCCUCAUGUUCUGUUAUUUCCCCCUCUGGUUCUACGAUUUUUGUAUGGGCAGAAUUAUGGCUAGCCCAAGCAUGCCCAAGGCUCUGAGAGUGUCUGAGACAAAAAACCAGAACUGGGAGAAGGUGCUGGAAAAGACACAUCUUUCUAAAAACUAAGAUGGCCGUGCAUUACAGAGUCACUGAUUCGGUUCCCUUUGUUUUCUGAGUGGUUCUGUCUGCUAUAAGAAGGUGCGAGGAGGGUUUUAAUGAUUAUUAUUUUUAAAAUAUGUUCUGGUCCUCUUUUUUAAAAACAAAAACAAAAAACAAAACAAAACAAAACAAAAAAUGCAUGAUAUGGGAGGAAAAUCCCAUAGGAAGUGUUUAGCUUUAUGAUAAAUGCUUUCUCCUUUUAUGGCCUACAUUUUCCUUCAUUUUUUCCCCUUUUCCUUUUUUAUUGUAUUUUAUUUUUAUUUUUUUGAGAGAGGUCCCCUUUUCCUCAGAAUAAAGAUCGAGCUUAAUAUUAUUUUUAUGGGCAUUCCUAACGAGGCUAAUAAAUUGCUUCCUUUUCUGA